AGCCAGUGCAGACAGAGAAGGGCAGAAAGAGUGACGGCAACAGAAAAGCAGAGAUCUUCUGAGGACCAUUCACCUUUGACUGAACAUUCAAGGGGAGACGAGGGAUCGUUCCGAGGGACGUGGAGUAAAACAAAAGUUGAUCCGUUGAAUAAAGAAACUUAUCUGAGCAUCAUGGAUGGAGAGUUGUCAAGCCAGGAGACAUCUGAGUCUACAGCGACAACUAAUCAGACUGAUACCACCAACAACAACAACAACCAGGCAGAUGAACCAGGACCCAAGAUGAAUGAAGACACAGAGAUAGAGCACUCAGACAAAGAGACAGCUGAAGGUCAAAGGGAAAUGAAGGAGACAGUCACACACCAGGGUGGAGGAGAGGACGCCAGUGCUGGAGAUAUGGACGAGCCGCAGAGGACAUCAAAGCCUCUCCAAGACGAGACUGAAGAAGUGGGACAAGAUAAAGACAAAACAUCCACUGAUGUAAACAACCUUGCACUGAUAGAUGACAAAAAAGACAGAGAGGGAGAGGUGGAACAAGACAAGAAAGAAGAGCAAGUGGAAGAGGUCAAGAGUGGGAAAGACGGAGAGGAUGUCAGUGACAAAAAUAAGCACGAAGAUGAGAGUGGAACUCAGCAAGAGGAGAAAGACGUGAGUGGAAAAGAAGCAAAGGAGGCGGAGAAGAAAGAACAAGUCAGAGAAGCAGAUGUAGAGAUAAAAGACAAGGCAAAGAUUAAAGAUGGAGAAAAACAAGGGAAACCCAAAAGAAAGAGUGCUCUUCCCUCCUCUUCUGUGUCCCGACCAAGGCAAUCUGCACGCUCUGUGAGAGCAGCCACUAAAAACAGCAUCAUUGCCAAGUUUGAACAAGGUGCACCAGAGACACCGAUAGCCCGCAACUUCAAAGUUCAGAGAUCAUCUGCAGCUGUGGCCACAGGGGCUACAAUCAAACAGAAGAUGCUUCAGUGGUGUCGCAGUAAAACCAGAAACUAUGAGGGUGUCAACAUAGAAAACUUCUCCUCGUCUUGGAGCAACGGCCUGGCUUUCUGCGCGCUGAUCCACCGUUUCUUUCCGGAUGCUUUUGACUUCAGCUCCCUCAGUCAAAAGGAGAGGGAGAAAAACUUCACUCUGGCCUUCCAAACUGCAGAAUCCCUGGCUGACUGCUGCCCUCUGCUGGAAGUGUCUGAUAUGAUCAUGAUGGGCAACCAUCCGGAUCCCAUGUGUGUGUUCACAUACGUCCAGUCCCUCUGCCACGGCCUGUCCAAAAUAGAGAAAGAGAGGAAGGAUAAAGAAAAGGAGGAUAAAGACAAGUGUGGCAAUGAGGCAGAAGACAAAGACAAAGGAGAAGAUGCAGCGGGACAGGUAGAGAUGAAGAAGGAUGAAGAAGAGUCGGCUGAGGCAGGGACAGAGCAGAACCAAGAGGAAAAAGAGGGAGAAAGUGCUGAUCCAGAGAGAACUGCUAAGGAGGAGGAGGAUGCACUAAAGAGCUGCAAGAUGGAGGAAGGUGGAGGAGCGUUAGUGGAGGCUGAGUCCUAGACAGAUACAUUAUUAAGUGACUGAAAGACUGAGAAGACCAAACCGACUGUUGAUGGCUGUGGUUGAGUGAAAGAGUCAAUGUUACAUUUAGCUGCGUACGUUUGAAAGUGUUUGCUUCUUCUCCUUUUACUGACAUGUUUGUUUUUGAGCACAUAAACUAGAAAUGUUAAUAAUUGUAUUUGUUGUGUUUGUAUAAAACCUUGACUUAAAAUAACAGGUUUAGAAAUGACAAUUAUUUGGAGCAUUAAUAAAUAAAAUCUUUAUGGCAACAA